CAUGCUUCAGUUUAGUCGCAACGUCGUGCCAGUUAUCCGGUUCGGUGGGGUGUGUAUUCUCCAGUAGUUUUCUUUUCGAGUGGUCAAACGUUAUUUUUUGCAUUAAAAUGUGUGACGGAUAAUUACAAUUUAAUACUUCCUCUUAAAGAGUGUGUAAAUUAAUUGUUGUUUUGUUUCUCUUAAUUAUUUUACAACAUUAGUUUUUAGUAAAAGUACAUAUAGAACGAUAGGACAUAUUUGAACAGCUAUGGGCUUUAAGUUAUGUUUUCAAAUGGCCGUUUUGACAGCUCUGAUAGCCGAUGAUUAUGUGAUGUCACAAUACAUGCACAUUACGCCUAAUGACAUGGAACCCGUUCGAGAAGAACGAUCAAAAUAUGGAGUGACAUGUUACGGUCCUAAUUUAAGCGGAUUUCAAUGGCGCGGACCGAAAGGGCCAAUAUCGCAAAGUUCACAAAUCAGGGUACAUUCACAAGAUUUGAUUAUGCCAAAUAAUCAGACAGGAUUACUUCUGGUGUUCGAAAAAGUUUUAGAAGAGGACAAAGGCAACUACACGUGCACGGAUAGAAAGGGUCAUUCAGUCGUCAUCAAGCUGACAGUCACGAGAGUAUUGGAAUUCGACACCCCCCGGGUUCAAACUACUAAAGAACACGAAGAUUACUUAAUCAGUUGCAAAGUCAAGGGCAAUGUCAAACCAACCUUUAUGUGGACAUUCAAGUCGCUGACUAUCAAAGAGGGCACCAAAAGCGGAAAGUAUUCGGUUGAAGAGGAUGGGCUACUGGUUCGCAACGUUUCGCAUUUAGACGCUGGCAAAUACACGUGCAGAGCAUUCCAAACGACCGACGAUUCCAGCGUAUCCGAAGAUACCGAGAUCGAUUUGGUAGUCAAGCACAAGCCAGUAUUCUUGGAACUUAUGGAAGGCAAUCCCAUUAAACAAUACGUUUUCUCUUCGGAAUCCGCCAACCUAAGCUGUCAGCACUCUGCCGAACCGUCGGCCAACGUGACUUGGAGUUUUAACGGGAAAACAUUUCUAAAUUCAUACGACCAUUACAUAGUUACCUUUAAUAAACCAGAAAAAUUGGGCUUGUACACGUGCACGGUCUCAAACUCCUUAGGAACAAUUACCAGACGAUACAAUUUAAUAGAAGGAUUUAAACCGAAAACGCCUCGUGACCUGUCCAUUAUAAGGGUUGGUGACAAUUACAUUGAGUUAACAAUUAGCCCAAAUGACAAGUCGGAUGAAUUGGUCGGAUACAGGGUUGAGUAUACCGAAAAAGUGGUGAAACACAACUCAUUAACUUAUGAAAGUUUUAAUAUUAUGAAUUUCAACACUACUGAAGGUCCAUUUGCUCUGGCUUAUCUGAAACCUAACACAGAGUACACAAUCAAAAUAUUAGCCAGAAACAAUGCAGGAAUUAGCGAAUUUACUGAACCCAUCACUGUACGAACGCUUGCAGCUGCUUCUGAUGGUAUAUUGUCUUGUAAUACUUGUAAUUAUUUGCUGUUUAACGCAAUAAUUAUAGUAAUCAAAAUAGCUUUACUGUAAUUGAAAUAUUGUGAAAAAUUGUUUAAUUUUUAUAUUUUGUGAGUUCUUUUCUGUUUGAAUUACAAAGAAUUUCAGAGUAACCUAAAAAUUAUUAUAACCAUUAAUAGUUUACUCCGAUUGGCCUUUGUGUAUAAAAUAAUAUGUGUAUUAUUAUUAUUUUCCCUGACUAGUCUUUAUUCUUAUUGGAAUGUAAAACCAAAAAAUGGCAUUAAAUCAAAAAAAAAACAUUUAAUGCCUACAAACACUGCGUAAACCAUUAAAUGUACAAAAUAAAUAUUGAAACCAUAACAGCGUUUUGCUUAUUGAAUUGAUAUUCAACGCUGGCUUACAGAUCAUCACUUAAAGAUUUUGCUUUUAAUCAUUAUAAAUAUUAAGCAUUCUUAACAUGUUAACCUAAAUUUUGCUUAAGUGAUCCUAAUUUUUAAGUAUUUUAAUUUUUUUCAACUAAAAUAAUUAUUAAGUACCGCUUUGUUUUUUAUUUUUAAAUCUACCAUUGGCGUCCUUUUUAUAGAUUAUUUUAUUAUUAUUUAUCUAAAGUUUAUAGAAAUAAAUAAAUAUAUAAUAUGUUAUUGUAAAUAUAAUUAUAUAAUAAAAUAUAUUAUUAUAAUAUAGGAACUCUAGAGGCUAAUUUAGUUAUUAUAUGAAAGCCUUUUUCGACUGAUCGUUGGUUUGAUGUAAUUUUUAAUUUUUGAGUAUUAUUAUUAUAAUUAUGAAUGUCAAUCGCGUGCAAGGUCACUAAUGUACUACUGAAUGAAGUAUAAAUAAUACGAUUUGAAACGUAUCAAAGGUAAUUAUAAAUAUAUUGUAAUUAUAUUAUAACUAUCAUUAAUAUUUUGUAGAUAUGCAACUAUAAAAUUUUAUUGAUAAAUUAAGAUGGCUUUAUUCUAAUAAAUAAAAAAAUGUCUGAA